AUGGUUACCACCACGGCGCCGCCGCCCUUCCUGGCUCGGAUCUCAGCAGGCACCGAAGACCCCAGGCGGCUGCCCUCGACUCUACUCCAGUGCCUCAGGCGGGGGGACAGCAACUGUGAGAACCAGCCCAGCUGCUGCCUGGCGGGUCCGGGGGGCAGCGCGCGGCCUGCGCUGAAGAGAGUGAGGCGGAGGAAGGGAAAGAUCCGGCCCAGCCCCGCGGGGCUCCUUCCGAGCCGCUACCAGCAGUACCAGCAGCAUCGCGCCGGCCUGGGCAGAAGGACCCCGCUGGGAACGCACGGCCCGGGCGACCUUCGCGCUCACCCCGCACCAACCGUCUCCGCCGCCCCCAGCAUAGUAACGAGCCCCGCCGAGGAGUCCCCCGCGCCCGUCCCCUCGAGACCAGCGCCCAGCAAACCCCUCAGGAAGGAGUUCUUAAAGAACAAGAUGGGAAAGGCUGAGAAGGCUGCCGUCCCCCACAGCCAGCCUGUUCACAGUAUACAUCUGUGUGAACAACCAAAGAUUAACAGACAGAAGAGUAAAUGUAAUAUGCCACUAGCAAAGAUCACCUCUGCAAAAAAAAUUGAGAACUUUUGGCAAGAUUCCUUGUCGCCCGAAAUAAUUCAGAAGCAGGAGAAAAAACCACUUAAAAACACAGAGAACUUCAGAAAUGCAAAGUCCAAGAAACCUAUCACCCUAACCGAAGCAAGCCAAAAAGAAAAUUAUGCUGGGGCAAAAUUUAGUGACCCACCAUCUCCUAGUGUCCUUCCAAAGCCUCCCAGCCACUGGGUGGGCAGCACUGCUGAACCUUCUGACCAAAACAGGGAGUUGAUGGCAGUCCAUCUGAAAACUCUCCUAAAAGUUCAAGCAUAGUUUCCAAGAUCUCUGGACAGUAGCAAAAAAAAAAAAAAAAAAAAAAGUCCAUACAGGAAACUUAAACAUGCCUUGUUGCAACAUGAAUUGCAAAAGACUGUCAAGUCUUACAAUCACAUACAAAAAAAAAAACCCUUGUAUUAUAUUUUUUAUGGUUGUGUAAAUAGUGUACAUCAUGUAUUAUGUGUAUAUUCUUGUUCAUACUUUGAGAGGUACAUUUUAGUUUUGUUAUGAAAGGAUGUAUUUUGCACUGCCUGAAUGGUAGAUGUCUUGUAUAUAAAAUAUGGACAAUUUUAAGUGUGUGCUUGACAUAUGAAGACUUGACUUGAUUUGCACAAGGUAAUGAAAAUUUUGAAAGGAGAGUACGGCUUUUUGAUAUUAAGGUUCCAGAUCAAAUGUGAAUGGUUUAUUCAUGCACUACUGACAAUAGUUUUACAUUCUGUGGCCCAGUCAAGUAUAAACAUGGAAUUUUCAUGCCAAUGUGAAUUUUUGCUCUCUGCUCUGGAAACAGUGUCUGGAAUUCCUGGUCAUCUGUUUGUUGUAAAAUUAACUGGAAUUUGAGUAAAGUUCCAGCCCAUCAACUUGAGCACUGCUGAUUUCUUUAAAAGGAAAAAAAGAAAAGAGCAGAGCUUUCUGCCAAAAAUAUAAUUGGUUACGAAAAAUUUAAAUAAAACAAUUUGGCCUCCCCUUAAA